GUCGUGGGUCGAGUGCGUGACGUCAUCGAUGGGAAAAAUUUAUUUAUAAAUUGUCAACGUUUAAUUCUGCACUUUGCACUACUUUGCAGUCUUAUACCUAAACGUGGUACAGAACACUGGGAACAGUUGCUGAGGUGAAGAAACGUGUUGAGGUCAUUGUGGAGACAAUUUCGUUGCCGGUUCGGUUGAAUUUAGUCGCCAGUAAUUAAUAAUUCAGAGAUUAAAGAUGAGUCUGCAGUGGACGUUGAUUGCAUCAUUCUUGUACCUCGAGAUAUUUAUUGUCCUCCUGCUGGUGCUUCCGAUAGCAUCACCAACGAGAUGGCAGAGGUUCUUCAAAUCUAGAUUCCUUCAGAGUUUGAGCAAUCAGGCGGCGAUGUACUUCUUGGUUCUCUUGGCUAUUCUUAUUUUGUUCUUAUUGGAUGCUAUCAGGGAGAUGAGGAAGUACUCUACCACUGAGCAUUCUGAUCAUGCACAUUUGGAUGCUGAGAUGCAAGGAAACAUGAGACUCUUCAGAGCCCAGCGUAACUUCUACAUAUCCGGCUUUGCCCUCUUUCUCAGUCUCGUUAUUCGUCGUUUAGUGCUGCUCAUUUCAACUCAGGCGACACUAUUGGCCCAGAGUGAGGCAUCCAUGCGUCAAGCACAGUCAGCCACGACGACAGCACGAAGUCUCCUCGCCCAGAAGGGCGAGGCAGCCCAGAAUGACACCAAUGAGGCGCACGACAAAGUCGUAUCCGAGCUCAAGUCCCAAUUAUCAGAGCUGGCUAACAAGAACAGUGAACUCGAGAGUGAACUCAGGAGGGAGAAGAAGGACAAGGAGGCACUCAAGUCCCAGGCUGAUUCCCUAGCUAAAGAGUACGACAGAUUGACCGAGGAGCAUGCCAAACUCCAGAAGGCUGGGGCUGGUGAUAAGAAGAGUGAUUAGACCCUUCUGACUCUCGUCUUUUUUUAUAAUUCUAUCUUAAUUAAGGGGAGAACAUUGUGGACCCAAUUUGCUCUGAAAUAAUCUCCACCUGAGGGAUAAAACUAUUUUUUUAAAGGAAAGAGAUGUUCCAGAGCUGAUUGAGGCUUCAUUGGUGAUUUACUAAUUUUAAAUUCAUGUUUUCAAUUAUGAUUUCUUCAUUCGAUUUGGAAUCAUUCGUAUGCUUCUUCCAUCUUCAUACUUGAACGUAAUGAAUCUCCCUCAGAGAUUGUGUAUGAUCAAAAAGUUAUCCUACAUUUUUACGCACUUUAAUAUAGUUUUUGGUGAUGCUUAGUUGAACUGCUCAUCUGCAGUUUCUGAAUAAAAUGUGUAAUUCGAAAGUAUUUGGUUUUAUUGAGGGGAAAUACUGGGCGAGUGGGUUAGAUAUUUGAGUGAUUAUCGACUUCUAACUCUCGUCUUUUUUUUAUAAUCCUAUCUUCAUUAAAGGAAGAAAAUUGUGGACCCAAUUAGCUCUGAAACAAUUUCUUCCUGAGGAAUAAAUUUAUUUUGUGAGCUGAUUGAGGCUUUAUUGGCGAUUUACUAAUGUUAAAUUCAUGUUUUCAAUUAUGAUUUCUUCAUUCGAUUUGGAAUCAUUCGUUUGCUUCUUCCAUCUUCAUACCUGAACGUAAUUAAUCUCCCUUAGAGAUUGUGUAUCAUCAAAAAGUUAUUCCACAUUUUUACGUACUUUAAUAUAGUUUUUGGUAAUGUUUAGUUGACCUGCUCAUCUGCAGUUUCUGAAUAAAAUACGUAAUUCGAAAGUAUUUAGUUUUAUUGAGGGGAAAUUCUGGGCGAGUGGUGUCAAGAUUUGGGGGCUGUAAAUAGACGACUGGUAUGCACUUAAAAUAACACUAAACUGUGCAGAAUUCUCACCUAUUAAUUCUCCAUCCUCUCCGAGAGUGAGACUUCUCGAUUUUUCGUUCAAUCGAAGGAAUUAAACACAAUUUUUUACAUUAAACUUCACAUUUUAUAUCUUUCGACGAAUCACCUUGCUACAGUGCCCUUGAUAAUCAAUCAAUAGCAAAUAUCUUCAACUAUUUCUGUACAAUCGAAUACACUCAACGUAUAUAAAUUUCUGGAUCUGCCCGAGAAAUAAAAAUAAAUGAUCUUGAUGUCUA